CCUGAAGGCCAUCAUCCAUCGCCCGCCUCGCCGCCUCCCCCACUUGGAAGUUGCAAAGCGAAGCCCACCAACCUCAAAAACCCAAACCCUAGCUCUCCUCGCCGCCAUCCCAUGGCGCGCCUCCACCUCGUGGUCGUGGCCAUGGCCGCGCUCUUCGCCGCCGCGGCGGUGGCGCAGGGCCCGAGCGCCUCCCCGACGCCGGCUCCGAAGGCGCAGCCACCGGUGGCGACCCCGCCGACUCGGCCGCCGGCCGUGGCGCCGGUGUCUCCUCCCGCCGCCCAGCCGCCAGUGACGACGCCUCCCCCGGUUUCCGCGCCCGCGCCCGUGCCCGCCCCGAGCGCCGCCGCGACACCGUCACCCCAGGCCUCGGCGCCGACCGCGGAGCCCCCCGUCCUCUCGCCGCCCGCGCCGGCUCCGGGGUCGAUCUCCCAGUCCCCGACGGAGGCCCCGACGUCUCCGCCGCCACCGAGCGCCGCGUCCGGAGUCUCCCCCUCCGCCGCCGCCGUCGUCGCCGCCUGGGCCGCCGUGGCAGCCGUCGCGGCGUUCUACUGAGAUCCGGCUCCCGGAGAUGAGUUCCUCGCCGCCGCCGAUAUCAUCACCGCCAUUACUGCCGUUAAUUUAUUAUUGUUAUUAUUAGCUAUUUCCCCCCUUCGCUCUGGGGUUGCUAAUCCCAUUGCGUUUUAAUCUAGAUCUAGCUUUUGUGAGUGAGAGAGAGACUGUGCUUGCCAUUGUAUAAUCCUCCCCCACCGGAUUCUUUUCUUUAAUCUACUUUCGGACAUUAUUAGUAGAGAUUUUGUCAUCCGAUU